AUGAUUGAAUUAUUCUUACUGUCAUUGGGACUUGGUUGGUAAGUCUUAGGCAGUUAAUACGAAUUUAAAGUAGAAAUCGGUUAGAUAAAAACAGUGUUAGAAUUAAACAAUGUUAAAAAUGUAUCUCUGUCUGAAGAAAGCAAUUAAUAGUUUUGUUGGGUUGAAAAUGAACAUGUUGUUUUACAAGAAACAUUUUUUAUGAACUAAUAUGAACUUGAUAGUAUGAAUAAAUACUACUAUUUGCUUGCAUCAUAAAAGGCUAUUUGGGUACUUAUGAAUGAUAAGAUCUUAACUUAAAUAACACAUGAUGGAAUAAUAAUAAAUUAGAGAAAAAUUUAAGACAAUAUAAGUCACUUCGAAGGCUUUUACAAUGAAAAAAGUGAGAAUCCAGUUUUCUUGGUUGAUUAUCAUUUUUUGGAUGAUACUUAAAUUACUAUUCAAACUGGUGUUACAAAAAUAUGUGAUGGAUUUCUGUUUGUCGUUAAUAAAUACAUUUUUGUUUAUGAUCUCUAAAACAAUACAAAUAAAUAUUUUGGGUAAAUUGAUUUAACGAAAUUUUAAAAUAUUAUAGACUUUGAUAUAAAAAGAAUUGAUGAGAAGAAAUACUAUAUUUAUUUGAUGGAUAAGAAUAAUGGAUUAACUAUUCUGAAGCUACUAUUGAGAUACAAUAAUAUCAAUUCAAAAGUAAUGUACGCUGAAAUACAUCCUGCAGAAAAUCCUAAGUCAUUUUUUUGUAAUGAAUACAAUAGCUGUUUUGCAUUGUAUUAUAAUUCUAAGUAUAAAAUUUUGAAUUUUAAAAUUAACUUCAUUGACAGCAGCAUUUCCAUAGAUGAAAUUUUAGAGUAGGAAAAGAAGAUACUAAAACUAGUGAAUAUUGGGGAUAUGAUGUUUAUACAGUCCAAGAAUCAUCAUAAAAUCUAUCUCUAUAAUUCUUAACAAAUUUAGAACAUCCAAAUAUUAGGAUUACAACAAAUAUCUGCUGUGAAUUCAUCGUUGGUUUACAUGAUUACAAACACUAAGUUAAUCAAGGUUGAACUGAGAAUUUCUCCUCUUAGAGUGCUUUGUUAUUGUGAUGACAAUGAUGCUUGUCCAUAGAAAUAUGACUAUGGGAUAAAUUACAUAGAAAAGACAAAGCAAAUAAAUUUGAAGUUCACAAUUGAGUUUUAGUCUUCUUUGGAAGAUCAAAUGAACGAUGUUAUAGUUAUCAUUUUUUCAAUACUAUUUCUGUUAGGAAUUUUAUUAUUGUUAUUUUGGAUUUAUUCUUUGAAAGCUUAACUGUUAUAGAUUGAAGAAAAAAUAAAAUAAGGCCAAUAGUAUAUGUAGAAAAUCAAAUUACCAAUAUUUCAUACCCUCGAAAACCUUGCUUUUACAUUUCGAGGAGUUGAAACUUUGUCCAAAAGAAUCUAACAAUAAGAAUCUUAGGAAAUGUAAGAUUUGUAUUGA